GAUUAUAUUUACCCACAGCCUUCUCCAAGAAAAAUUUUCAACAAUGGUUGAUCAUCAGAGCAACACCUCGUCAACUUCAAUCAUGGAAUCGAAGCCCCUUCACCCGCUUCACCAGAUCGCCGAGACCCCAACUCACAAGCUUCUCCUCAAGCAAUGGCUCAAGGAAGAAGAGCUAAUCCUCCACAGAAUAGCCCUCAAGGAGACUCAAAUUGACUCCGUCCGCAAAGAAAUCACCCAACUCUACUGCUUCUUCUUUUUCUUCCAUUCCACAGCCCUCAUCCUUCUCUUCAGCGCUGCCACCUCCGCAGGAGGCCGGAGCCCCUUCUGCCGCAGGUCUUGGAUCCCAUCUUUGUGUUCCCUCCUCUGCUCUCUUGGGAUCAUAUGGGCUGUCAGGUACAAGACUGACGUGGAAGGCCAUCUGGAGAAGCUUCUGCAGAGGGAAAAAGAGGACGGCAAAUUGCUGGCCAAGUGCGUUGAGGAGUUGAAGAAGAAAGGGGUUGAAUUUGACCUGUUGAAAGAAGUGGACGCGCUGAGGAGGGCUAAGAGUUUGAGGGUUGAAUCCACUAAAGCCGUCAGGAAAUGGUCAUCUAGGGACUUUGUUUCUUUCUUCUUCUUCACCGUGGCUUGUUUGGUCAUUGCUCUCACGAGAGUCAUUUUGUGCAAUUACUAAUUCCAAAUUUCCAAUCCGAAGCAGGGCAGGCGAGGGGGUGCCAUAAGAGGAAGAGCAGGACUGGAUCAAGAGCUUCUACAGUCUACUGCUAGAUUUUCAGAAUACGGAAAUGACCCCCCCCCCCCCCC